AUGAAAAAAAGCAGCUCACCACUUCUUAACUUUCAAUUCAUCACAGGAGUCAUUCCAUCGGGUUGGAAAGGAACCAAAUCAUUGAUUCUUCUCGGUACGGGAGAAGGAGGAAAAACCACAUUUCAACGCCAAAUCUAUCAUUUGAAAAAUCAAGAAUUAAAUACAAAAGAAAGACAUAAAUAUGCAGAGACCAUACAAUACUCGAUAUUCAAUAAUUUAAAAACAAUUACAGAACAUCCAUCAGUGGUAUUGAACUCGGAAUUGAAGAAAUUGGCCUCGGAAUUGGCAUCCUUGGUCGAUCAAUAUGUCGAUUCUCGAUUUGACCAUUCCCAUCGAGAGAAACUUGUCAAUCAAGGACCAAUAUUCCAAAAACUCGUUGAUCAUCACCACGUUCGAGAGGUUAUUGAAUCUUGUGAAUUGUAUCCACAACUGCAUUUAACUGGAGAUUACAAGUAUUUCUUUAAACAUUACACUAGAAUUGCAUGUAAAGAGUAUCAACCAACGUUUGAAGAUUUUAAAAGAAUGCAACUCAAAACAGUGGGUGUCAUUAAAGGAGAGGAAGUGGAAUUUGAAAAUUACAAAAUUACCAUAACUGAUACUGGAGGUCAACGAAAUGAAAGAAAAAAGUGGGCAAAGGCACUCUCGCAGCGCACCGAUGCAAUUUUAUUUAUGGUUUCAAUGAGAGAAGCAUUCCAAAUGUGUUAUGAAGAUCAUGAGUUGAAUAGAUCGAAGGAAACGAUUGAUUGCUUUCAAGAAUUGUUGAGUUUAGAGUAUGUCAAUAAUUGUCCAAUCUUUGUGGUGUUUACAAAGACGGAUCUAUUAGAGGAAGUUUUGAAGAAGCGAAAGGUGUCAUUCAAUUCUACAUUUCCAGAAUAUAAGGGUGACAAUUAUUCUAUAGAGGAAAUUAAGUCAUUCAUGAAAGAAAAGUAUCAAUCGUUGGAUUCCAACAAACAAAUUAAGGGUUUUUUUUUCAUUAACACCUUAAUCAGUAAGGAGGUUUCUGACACAUUACAAAAAGUGUUGGAACAAAUUUAA